AUGGCUCCGCGCGCAAAGAACCCUGUAGAGACGACCGAGCCGACGAGGAGGUCGACGAGGAUAUCGGCGCAGCCGAAGAGCGAGCUUCCGGCGAAAGAGGUGAAAAAAGCGGCGCCGAGGACGAAGAAACGGACUGCAGAUGAUGGGGAUGAUGAGAGUCCUGCGGUGAAGAAGAGCAAAGCGAAAGAGGCUGCCGCCGAGGCACCCGACACCGAAGAGUCGAACGAGAAGGCCGCGGAACUCGCGACCAUCGACAUCGGCGACGCACUCCCCUCGCUCACGCUCAAGAACGAGAAGGGCGAGGACGUCGACGUCGCGACGCUCGCUGCCGAACAGGGCGUCAUAUUCUUCCUCGUCCCCAAGGCUGAUACGCCCGGAUGCACGAACCAAGCCUGCGGCUUCCGCGACAUCUACCCCGACUUCACCGCGCACAACUUCGCCGUCUACUGCCUCAGCGCGGACAGCCCCUCCGCUCAGUCCAAGUGGCAGACCAAGAAAGAGCUCCCCUACCCGCUGCUUUCCGACCCCCAACGCACGCUGAUCACCGCGCUCGGCGCGGGCGAGGGCGGCAAGACGAAACGGAGCCACUUCAUCUUCGAGGAGGGCGGCAAGCUCGUCGAGAAGAAGAUCCCCGUCAAGCCUGCAGAUAGCCCGAAGCUCGCGCUGGAGUACGUCAAGAGCGUCGCAUAG